AUGAAGCCUUUCGUCAAAAUCUGGCUCAAGAAAAUAUUUAAUUGGUUUGAGGCAUCCUCUCAAAAGACUAGGUCAGCUGGGCCAGUUGCGAUUUUCAAGAAGACUAGGUUAUAUUCGUCUGUUGUUGGGCUACAAGAUUCAAGUAGUGCGACUAUCAACAAUUACAACGAUAAUGGUAACAAACGUACUCGUGAGGUCUCUCCGUCAGUAAAGCAAGCAUUUUCUUUUACUGCUAGCGAACAAGGAGCGUUCGUUGAACCGCUUCUUAAUUUAGUUGAGAAAGCGCUUUAUAAAUUUCUUGUUGAUAGUGAAAGUUUUAUUCCCCUCGAUGUGGUGAAAUCCUUCUGUGCCAAACGACACUCUCCUAUUAGUACUGACUUUGGGGACGCCGAUUUGCUAUGUAUGAUAAAAUUUUAUUAUAGAGAAUAUAAAGCUUUUGUGAAACAAAAAGAGCCAUUAUUUCAUGGUCGAUAUAAAGCAAAUCCCGUUGAGUUAUUGAGCAAUUUUAAGAAAAAUGUGCGUAACAAAAUGGCACACGGAAUUGUCGUUGAUGAAAAAGGUCGAUGGAGCGAUCAUGAACUUCAGCACAUCUCUCUUCUAGCUUGUGAGGUUGUAAUUUGUCUUGAAUUUGUUCUUGAUAUUCUCGAGGAAACUGAGGAGAUAGAGAAGGGGGAUAAGCGGAAGAUUCUAGGAUUGGCAUUGAAUGAAGACGAAUAUCUAAUAAAACUCUGGAGAGCAAUCAAAAUAGAUGAAAAACAAGUGCAAAUUCGUAAAUUUAUCCAAUCUGUGAAUUUGAUGUUUGACAUUAACUUGAAAUCAAAAACUCAGUCACGUCCAAAGUCGGCGUGGGGGCGUAGCUUAUUCGGUGAGCAAUUCAGUUUGCUCAACGG